UAUUGCACUUGCUCCGUCGAUAAUACAUCCACAUGGUGGAAAGCACAGCGGUUGCACUGACCCUAAAUCUGAUCGCUUGAGUUCUUAACAUUUGUAUUAGAUCAGAAGCCCUAAGCAUGGGAGCUUACCGCUGUUACCGAUUCCUUAUGCCAGUCGCCGCUCGUCCUGAAAAAUCCGUGUAUCAACAUGAAAAAUCUAUUAGAUUGUAUUGAACGCCGCGAGCUGUUGGGGCUAGAAAUAUAACGGUUAGUUCAAGUAGGUUUAACCAGAGAUAAGUGCAUCUGCUAAUAGAGAUGGUGGGGCGAUUUUCCAACUCGAUGUGUGGAGAUGAGAAGAAGAAAAGAUAGGCACCGGUAGACGAGAUAAUGGAUUUUUUGGUUGGAAAUUUAGUUGCAGUAGCCACGUUAUUAAGCCUCUGGUCUGGUACAUCUGCCCUCAGUUGUUACAUGUGCGAUUACAGCAGUGGCGGCAAAAGUUGUCUGGCUGAGCCACAAGACACCUCUCUUCUCUCCCAGUGCAGAAAAGACGGACCAGCUUACUGUAUGGCAUUUCUAUUCAGAGAUUACUAUAAUGGGACUAUAUAUGCCUUUAAACGCACCUGUCGCACCCUGCGUUCCUGCCCAAAGGACGUGGACGGGAGGACCGUUAUUAACGCAUUGAUAUGCCAAGAAACAAACGAACUGUACUCAGGAAGGAAGGCUUUUGACUGUCGAUUGUGUUGUGAUUGGGACGGCUGCAACGACCAGUCCUUGAACAUCAUGAGGUAUUCAGGAAAGGAAGCUUUGUUCCUGAAUUCCACUGCUACGCAUGCGCGGCGACUCUACCGUCUGCUCGACCACAUACUUCUUGGAAUGCUGACAUGGAGAUUGGCGACAUGAAUAUAUGGACACAGUUGCAUCUUGGAUACUUUAUUAUUAUUGACUAUUGAUUAAAAAAGAAUGCAAUACUGUGCAAUGGCUUUCGCUUACUGCAGACAUCUAUCAGGGCAGCGUCUUUAUUAGAGUCUCAUGAAAGGCCUAUAAGCUGUUUAAUGCGAAUGCGAAUCCGAUUAACUACCAGGUAAUCUGAUAUUGCCUUUUGAAUACUGGUUUUGAAUACAAGCCAAAAGACACCAUAACUACUGAACAAAGGAUCAGAAUUAUCAUGUAUUCCACAAUUUUUUUUUAUGUAUACAUUAUAUUAUAUAAUAUAUGUGUUUAUGAAUUAUAAAGGUCUAUUGCAAAAUACUUUGAUUUACCUCACCAACUCCCGAAGUAGUCACGGCGACAUUCAAAUGGAUGGAUGGGAAUUAUUGUUCAAGUAAGCCUAUGUUUAUUGUAUAAAAUUCUCUUAUGAAAUACAGAGAAAUUAAUCAUUAAAAUUACUAACGUUUUCACAUGAAAAAUAAAAUGCGGAAUUUUUUUUUUCAAAGAAAUAUUUGCUUUACAGAAGAAGUCUUUGGAAUAUUUCUUGUAAAACGCGUCAGUGACACGAGUUUUCAGAAUUAAAAAUCAUGGAUCCCGCAUUGAGGCUCAUUAUGACGCAGAAACUCAUAUGUUUUGGUUGGCCAUCAUUGAGAAGCAUGAAUCGUUCAGAAGUUGCUGCUGACUUAAUAUCAGUUGAGACUAGGGUGACAGAGGAAACAGCAACUUGUACGCUCAGUACUUAUAUCAUCACUUUAUCAAUCAUCAAUUUAAACAACUGAGAAGCUAGACAAUACAGCCAUGCAUGCUGUGGAUUUAUUCAUUAAAAAAUUUCUUUUCAAUAAGUCUACAUAAGUUUCUAUUGAUUAUAUUUCCUCUUUUUAAAACUCUUUUGUUGCUUGUUAUUAGCGGUCGUAUGACGUGAUUCCUAUGUUUGGCGAGCCUCACAGGGUGAUGAUUUGGAUUAAAUAGCACAUAAGAGAAUGUUGAUUUAAAUAAUCUUACAGCUGUGGGAAAUGAAU